AUGGGAGUCCGAUUUCUAGGCAAUCUUCAAGCAAAGGCUCUUCUUCUCCGGUCUAUUUUUCCUGCAAGCCAAACAGCUCCCAAUGUUGCACAUGUCCCGAAAGGCUAUUUAGCAGUUUAUGUUGGAGAGUCUCAGAAGAAAAGGUUUUUGGUUCCAAUAUCAUACUUGAAUCAACCUUUGUUCCAAGAGUUGCUAUGUAAGGCUGAAGAAGAAUUUGGGUAUAGUCAUCCUAUGGGUGGUCUCACUAUUCCUUGCAGAGAAGAUACCUUCCUCGAUCUUACUUCUGUUUUGAAUGGACUAUGAGAGUGGAGAAUUCAUCAUAACGCUUUUGUAGAUUAGGAACGUCCAUUUCCAUGUAGAUGACAUAUUUUUAUUCUGUAUGAGAAAUGAGAAACAGAAUAUCUAGUUCAA